AUAAACGUUUUUUUCUCCUGUCAAACCGCGCAUGCUCGAGCUGGCUCGUCGUCAUUUCCCUUCCAUUGAACGGCCAUAUUUGCUACUUCCGCUGUUCAAGGGUAACAGAAGACACCGGACUUGUCAACAUGUACCGCUUCGCCAAAGCUGCCGUCAACGUUACCGGUCAGGCCGUGCGACAGGUGAGGCACGGUUCCUCCUCCGCACAUGAGUUCCACGCCAAGUAUGGCACCGGCUUGCUCAUCGGUGGAGCCGUCUUCUGCACAACUGUGUGGGGAUACGUGCUCACUCAGACUGGAAUCACCUGGAAUAUGUCGCCCGUCGGCAGGGUCAUGCCCAAAGAGUGGAGAGAGUCUGAGGAGUAAAUGUCCACUGUCACACACUGGGCCCGACCUCAUUCGCUGUACAGAUGAAAGAUGAUGAUGCCUGUGUUCAGACAGUGACAGUCUCUCUAUUCCAACCUGUUCCUUUGUCUAAAUAAAUUAAUUUCAAAUGUA